AAGCGGGCGCUGUGCACCGCUGCUCCUGAUGGCUGCCUGCGCUGGGACUGGCGGCUCCCUCUGGGACCCCACUUCCGUUGAUGCCUAAGCUUCGCCCUUCUUGUGCCCUCAGAGGCUAUGACUCAGGUGAAAGGAGUCCAUUUUGGCCAGGCCCCUGGUCUCAUGCAGCCGUUCAGCAUCCCCGUUCAGAUUACACUCCAGGGUGGCCGGAGGCGCCAGGGGAGGACAGCCUUUUCUGCCUCAGGCAGAAAUAGAAAUAUAGACCACGAUGAUGGAGACUUACCAGAUGUGCACAAGAAGCUGCCAUCCAGUGCUGGAGAGGACCGAGCCUUGCUGCUGGGCUUUGCAAUGAUGGGCUUCUCAGUCCUCAUGUUCUUCUUGCUUGGAAUUACCAUCCUAAAGCCUUUCAUGCUCAGCAUUCAGAGAGAAGAGUCGAACUGUACUACCAUCCACACUCAUAUCACGGAUGACUGGAUGGACUGCGCUUUCCCCUGUGGUGUAGGCUGCCGAGGCCGGGGCGAGUACCCAUGUCUUCAGGUGUUUGUGAACGUCACCCAUUCAGGUCAGAAAGCUCUCCUACAUUAUAAUGAAGAGGCUGUCCAGAUAAAUUCCAAGCGUGAUGUUACAGACUGCAAAGUUAAAGAAAAGCAGACAUUGACAGUUUCUGAUGAGCACAAACAGUAAGUGCAGUCACAGGCCAAACAUCUUGCUAGGAACAGCAAGACUGGGAAGAGGUCUUAAAUUUAGUGACACUGUAUUAUUCUAUAUUCUCAGUACAAUAACACAUGCAUCUUGCUGU